GCUUCAAAGCUGGCUCCUGGAAGUUGAGAGAGUAGCAACGCUAAAGUGGUAGCUGCCGCGGCAACCGCCACGGGAUAAUAAGCUGGGUAGAGUUGCUGAGGAUCUGCCAUACUUAUUGAUUAACUAUGGAAGAUUAUACCAAAAUAGAGAAAAUUGGAGAGGGUACCUAUGGAGUUGUGUAUAAGGGUAGACACAAAACUACAGGUCAAGUGGUAGCCAUGAAGAAAAUCAGACUAGAAAGUGGAGAGGAAGGGGUUCCUAGCACUGCAAUUCGGGAAAUUUCUCUAUUAAAAGAACUUCGUCAUCCUAAUAUAGUCAGUCUUCAAGAUGUGCUUAUUCAGGAUUCCAGGUUAUAUCUCAUCUUUGAAUUUCUUUCCAUGGACCUCAAGAAAUAUUUUGAUUCUAUCCCUGCUGGUCAGUUCAUGGAUUCUUCACUUGUUAAGAGUUAUUUAUACCAAAUCCUCCAGGGCAUUGUGUUUUGUCACUCUAGAAGAGUUCUUCACCGAGACUUAACACCUCAAAAUCUCCUGAUUGAUGACAAAGGAACAAUUAAACUGGCUGAUUUUGGCCUUGCCAGAGCUUUUGGAAUGCCCAUUCGGGUAUAUACACAUGAGGUAGUAACACCCUGGUACAGAUCCCCAGAAGUAUUUUUGGGGUCAGCUCGUGACUCGACUCCAGUUGACAUUUGGAGUAUAGGCACCAUAUUUGCAGAAUUAGCAACUAAGAAACCGCUUUUCCAUGGGGAUUCAGAAAUCGAUCAACUCUUCAGGAUUUUCAGAGCUUUGGGCACUCCCAAUAAUGAAGUGUGGCCAGAAGUAGAAUCUUUACAGGACUCUAAGAACACAUUUCCCAAGUGGAAACCAGGAAGUCUAGCCUCCCAUGUCAAAAACUUGGAUGAAAAUGGCUUAGAUUUGCUCUCAAAAAUGUUAGUCUAUGAUCCUGCCAAAUGA